AUGUUGCCAUUGGGCGGCCGUCACACCACUCGCACCUCGUUGAGGGCACGGGGGGGCGAAGAAGUCGACGUCAAGGUCGGUAAAACUGUUCAAUUGACCAAGGAACCACCAAAACAGGGUGUCAACCUCCUCGGUCUGGUCAUUGGUGGCGUUGUAGGACUUGUGGUGGCUGCCGGAACUGCCCUGCAGGGCAUCCUCAAGGAGGCACCCAAGCCAUGGCACCCGUCGCAGGAGCCAGGGAAUUUGCAGCCGGUGGGUUUCUUCGACCCCCUGAACUUUGUGAAGGAAGAUGAGAAGAAUUUCCGCAAGUUCCGCACUGCUGAGAUCAAGCACGGACGUGUGGCCAUGAUGGCCGCUGCAGGCGCCGUGGUGCAGCACUACGUAAGGUUGCCAGGCUUGCAAGAUGUUCCUUCCGGCCUCGCCGCGCUGCAAUCUACCCCAGGCCAAAUUGGCGCCACCGUCCUUUUUGCUGCCUGCGGUGUCAUGGAGCUCUAUGUCUGGAAGCAGGAUGACAAGAAGGAGCCAGGCAACUUUGGAGACCCAGCCAAGUGGAGCCAGACCGGUCUUGGCGGAGGCAGCUACUCGGUGGAAAUGCGCGACCGUGAGUUGGUCAACGGCCGUUUUGCCAUGCUCUCCAUCAUGGGCAUCUUCGCUGCCGAGUACGCGACCGGAAAGGAUGCCAUCCAGCAACUGACCUUCAAAGCCGCCACGGCCGCCCCAGCAGUGGCCGCUACGGCUGCCGCGGCGGUGGACACUACGGCCACCGCGGUGACCGCAGUGGCGGAGACCAUGUGA